CUGUGGGAAUUACAUGUACACGCGAUCGGAUUACGCGAGGUUCGUUUACUACAAUCAGAUAUGUUUAUGAACGGAAUAUAGUUAAUAGUUGUUCACCGCGGAUUGUAUCUGUUAUGUUUAGGUGUAUAUGCAUCAAAAAUCUUAAGAUAUGGCGUGCCUUUUUGCUCGAGUUUUAAGGAUAAGACCGUUAGGUCAAAUUGUUAUCAGCGGAAUACAAGGUUGGACUAAAUCUGUAACGUAUUCCCCAUCGUUAUCGUCACGAAUGGCUUCAUCAUCAUCAGCAGCAUCAAAGAUGGACAUCAGUGGGAUAUAUCCACCAAUUGUUACACCUUUCAAUGCUGACGAAACGAUUGCAUAUGACAAACUGCAACAGAAUAUGGAAAAAUGGAAUAAAAUUCCGUUUAGAGGUUAUGUGGUUCAGGGAUCAAACGGUGAAUAUGUGUUCCUUAGAGAGGAUGAGAGAAUAGAUCUCGUGCGCAGGGUGUCCGAAAUGGCGGGAAAAGAUAAACUUAUUAUAGCCGGUGCAGGCUGUGAAUCAACCAGAGAUACCAUCGCUAUGUGUGAGAAGAUGGCGAAAGUUGGAGCGGAGGCGGUGCUUGUUGUGACGCCAUCUUACUACAAGUCGCUUAUGUCAAACGCUGCACUAAUCUCUCAUUAUACCAAGGUUGCGGAUGCAAGCCCAGUGCCUGUCAUUUUAUACAGUGUCCCGGGAAACACCGCGAUAGAUCUAGCACCGGAAGUAGUCAUUCAGCUCUCGUCACACCCAAAUAUAGCAGGAGUAAAAGAUAGCGGAGGUGACAUUGCAAAGAUAGGAUACAUGGUGCAUGCAACAAAGGGAAAUGAUUUCCAAGUUCUUUCUGGAUCUGCCAGCUUUUUACUGGCUUCGUAUACAUUAGGUGGCGUUGGUGGUGUUUUAGCUCUAGCUAACAUCUUAGGUGAGCAGUGUUGUGACGUAGAAAAACUCUUCAAGGCGGGAAAAAUGGAGGAAGCAAAGUUAUUACAACAUAGGUUAAUUGAUCCAAAUAUAAUGGUAACAAAGAAGCUGGGCGUGCCAGGUUUAAAGAGAGCCAUGGAGAUGUUGGGUUACUAUGGAGGUCCUUCAAGGUCACCACUUCAACCAAUCACAAAACAGAAUGAGGAAGCCCUCAGGACUGUACUGACUAAUGAAGGAUUUUUGUAACAACUAUGAAUAUGGAUCUGUAUUAAGUUAUAUUCUCGCAUCUAUAGAUCUGCACAUUUGAUUGAUUGAUUUUUUUGAUAUUUAAAAAAAAUGCGUAUGCAUAUACAGUGUAUGUAUAUUCAGAGGGAAAAUUAGUAAACACAAUAUAGUGAUAAUGAUAGUUCUGCUGCUAAGCCUGUAUAUCUAUACAUUCCGCCAUUUGAUAAUAGAACAACAACUGUGAUAACUGAAUAUUUAGAGAACGGAAUACAGUGUCAGAAGAGGGAUUUUUUAUUUACAGUGUAAAGCUCUCAAAUUUAGAAUGUUAUAACAACAUUGUUUAUCAUAAGAAUGUAAUAUUUUAAAACAUUUUGACUUGAUAGUAAAUAGAACCUCACAGUGAAUAUUGAAUGUUUACUACUACGAUAUGGGUGGUUCUCCCAAAUUUUAUAAUAUACAUUUAAUACAAUGUUUUGUUAUUUUAUAUACAGAUUUCUGUUGAUAUUUCUUACAGGAAAAAAUGUACUCAAAGUUAUACAAUGUAUAUUGUUAUAUGCAAUCUCGGAAUAUUAUAAUUGAAAAUUGUUUAUCAUUUUGUUGAAAAUACAUAGAAUCACUAAAUUAA